UAUUAAAAUGAAAUUGCUGUGAAAGCACAUUUACUGAAUAGAGAGGGUAUAUAAAUGUCAGUAAAAGGAGGAAAGUUUAGUUGAGAAGGAGAAGGACUGGUGAAUAUAAAGUUAUUGUAAAAAAAAUCACAUGCAUAAUCUAUUAGAGUGCUAAAAUCCCUGUUUACUCGACCUACAAGUUUAAGAACUGCAAUACACAAGGACAGCGAACCUCAAAGGGUGCGCACUGAUGUCAGACUGAGUGGAAAAACUUCCUGCAACUUGGCUGGUGCUAGUAGAGAAAAGCAGAAGUAAAACAAAUGAUUAGCUUAAAUUAAAAUCAGUUGGACAUGAAAGUGAUGCUUACAAAUUGCCAACUAAGUGAUCCAUGGACAGUGACGUUCCAAGAAUGAUUUUGAUGCCAGGGAAAUACAUAAUGCAAAGCCUGAAGACAUUGUGGUAGAUUUUCCCCUACACACCUGACUUAAGUUUACCUGGGUCAUGUCCUAAUCAACACCCCUAAACGUCUCCUAAUCGACGCUUAAAUAAUUUAUACUCUAGCGCGUCUCCUAAUCGACGUCGGCUGAGUUGGUUAAUGUCUUGACCCUUUAUCACUUGGGAAUAAGGUCUCUAGUGUUCCCUAACUUGUUGCGCAGCAAUAAACCAGGCAGACUCCAGACUAUGCCUAAGAAUAUGCUUUAAUCACAGCCAGAGGACCUCGUAUCAAUCACAGAGAAUCCCACCAGCAAAAAGAAUACAACAGUUUAUAUAGGAUAGGAGCAUGACAAAGCAUUCUACAAUAUGAUUGGUUCUUCAAAUGUCAAACCCUUCUGUUACUAGGUAAAGCAAGAUCUGCCCAAAUCAUGUGUUUAUUAGUUUGCUUGUUACUUAAUAUCAUGGGGUUAUUAUGUUUAGAUAGUUGUCUAGCUGUCCCUAAGUUUCAUUUCCCCUUUUGUUACAUUCAGAUAUGAUUCAGACACACACGGAAGUUUUGGGGACAUUUACGUUUCAAAAGCAUAUAAAUGUUAUUCCUGCAAGGAAUAAGAAAUGUUAGUUAUGAUUAAUUAAAAAAUUCCAUCACAACAUUCAAAAUCCUCGACACAUUAUAUGCUAGACAACACAAUAAAUACAAUAUAGAUAGAUCUACAUCCAAAGCAUCACCACCAGAAUUUAAUUUGUCAGAAUUUAAAAUGUCAGAAAUCCAGAAAAAUACAUGGAGAAAUAUUAACCACUUCUAUGCCUUUCUUUGCAUUUAAUCUUUUCAGAAAAUUACCAGUUGUGAAAUCUUAUUAGAGUAUAAAACUAAAUCUGGCACAAUUUCAACCGAAACCACCACUAUUUGUAGAGCUGCCUUUGGCUUUUAUUAUACUUUAUUAUUUAUUGAGUAUUUAAUAGUAGACGUUUAAUUACUACAUGGAAGGUGUUGCCUCACGUUUCUUAAAUUCUUGCAUUAUUGUCUCUUCCUUAAUAAUAGCUUGAUCUUUGAAUUGUACUGCUGUAAAUUUGAGAGAUCUUGAUAAUUCAUCAUCUCAUCCUCUUCAUCAUGACGCUGCUUCUUCAUGUGCUGAUGCUGUUUCUUCUCUCCGGUGGUUCAGCCAAAGUUGUGCCGGAUUUUGAGAAGGAAUGUGGUCAAUUUUUUGCAGGUGGAAAAUCACCAACAACAUUUAUUGGAUCACAGUACAAGCAGAUCUGCCAAAAUCUAAAUAAUCGUUACUAUUAUGCCACAUAUUAUGAUACAUACAACAGGAUCCCAGUGUACUCAGCCUACAAGUUUGAAGGGAUAAAGAACUGCACAAGACAAAACAAUUGGUACAUUGAACCUCAACUUGAUGAUGAUAAAGCAGGACCAACCAUGGCAUCUGAGGGGUCUGUGGAUAUAAAACUACGUGGAAUCCAUCAAGCUCUCAAUGGAGAUUAUGUGAAGUCUGGCUACCACAAAGGCCAUCUGGCACCAGUCUAUCAGGCACAAUCACAGGACUGUUCUGACGCCACCUUCACUCUCACCAAUGCUGCUCCACAAAACUCCUCUUUUAACAGCGGUCAAUGGAGGGUACUAGAAGAAAACAUUUCUAAAGCACUAUCCGAGCAAUGUCUACCAAAAAAGUAUUCUGUUUACAUAGUAACAGGGGUGACACCAGGUACAAGUAAAUUAAAAAACAGAGUUAAUGUGCCUAGUUAUUUCUGGACUGCAUACUGCUGCUUAGACCAGAAUAACAAAUGUCAAAUUUCAAGAGGAUUUAUUGGAGAGAACAAGAACAUCACUCCCCAGAACACAACUGUGAAUGAUUUAAAGAAAGAGUUGGCAAAUCUUUAUAAAGUCACAUCUUUCGAGGUGUUUGAUAGCUCUACAGUACCCCCAGUGAAACAAAAAAGUAAAGCUUUCAAAAUAAAUGUAACGUGUAGUCAGUUUUGGUUUAGCUUUCUCUGUGUUUUGUUCCUGUUUUAGCUGCCAUGUUAGUUUUCUUAUUAAUCAGCUAUUCACCUGUUCUGUUUCAGUCAGACAGGGGUGCCCCGAAUUUAGUGAUUCAGGAAUUUUUAUUUCUUAUGCAUGAUAUUUUUAUUUCUUAUGCAUCUGUUGUGAUUAUUUUAUGACUAUUUUAAUUCCUUAUUUACGUAAAGCACUUUGAAUUGUGUACCACUUGUUACCACUGUGUAUGAAAUGUGCUAUAUAAAUAAACUUGCCUUGCCAAUCA